ACAAGAACUCAUGUCGCUGUCGAGAUUCUGGAGACGGAGCGAUCUUACGUGGAGUCGCUGCACAUUCUAGUCUUCAAAUACCUGAAGCAGCUGAAGAGUCCGGAAAAUGCUGGUCUGGUCGAUUCCGCGCUGGUGGACGAAAUAUUCUACCAGAUUCCAUCUAUUCUCUCUCACCAUGAGGUGUUUCUGGCUGAGCUUCAGAAGAAGCUAGAUGAUUGGGACCAGCAGCAAACAAUUGGAGAUGUUUUUGUAGAGGCAUUUACAAAACAACAUGUAAUUGAUAUGUACAUAUCAUUCAUAAACAACUGGAAGUCGGCAAAAGAAGCAGUUAAAGCUACAUGCCAGGCAAAACCAGCAUUUGCCAAAUUUCUAGAGGCUAUGGCACGUGAGCAUAAAGGAAAACUUGCUCUGGACUCACUGCUUAUUAUGCCCGUACAAAGGAUACCACGAUAUGAACUGCUUCUUCAAACACUUAUCAAGAACACAGAACAGAGCCAUCCAGACUACAACUUACUGCUGUCAGCACAACGUGAGGUACAUGUCUUGGCUGUGAAAAUCAACUGUACUGAACGAGAAAGUAUGGAAGCAGAACAACAGCAAGCAAUGCUUAGGGAACUGGAAAACGUUAUUGAAGGCUGCUCCAAUAUAUUCACUCCAGAUAGAGUGUUUCUGCGUUUUGAUUUGGUGUCCGUUACUGGAGAUGCAGCUGGCUCUGGCAAUCCAGAGCGUGGAUUGUUUCUUUUUAAUGAUUUACUCAUUAUUACUACAGUUAAGCGCCGCAGUGGUGCUAUCAGGAAGCCUUCAGCCAUCCUCCCAGCAAACCUGAUCCAGCAGUUGGAAGGAAACAAACACAGAAUGGCGAUGAGACUCCUCCUUGAAGAUGUUGAGAUAGUAAAACUUAAAGAUGACAUCUUAAGAGAUUUGGUACGAGAGGUUGAAAAUCUUGCUGAGGAUGCCGUACUUCUGACUCAAAUGGGAGAAAUAGCAGCCCGAUUACACACUGACCAUAAUCUACUUGACGACAUCAUCCGUGAAAUGCUGUGUUAUGUGAACAAGCAAUUGUCUGAACAUAAUGGCAGUGAGUCAAAGCUUUCCCACAUUGAGUUCAUCAUCAGUUCAGAAGGUGCUGCAACUGACUCACUUGUUGUGGUAUUCUCUUCACAAGAUAAGAAAGCAGACUGGGAGGAGGUUUUUAAUGAUGCUAAGCAGAAACUUGUAUUGUCUGCUGAAAGAAGAGGAUCACCAGAGUUUGUUCUACCUCUCCCAAUUCGCAAGACACGGGCUGGCUUGCAGUUCACCUGUGCUGCUCCUACAUUGGGCACAGAUGCUCGAGAUGUUUGGGUAUGCAAUAGUGAUGGGUAUGUUGGCCAAGUGUGUGUCCUAAGUCUCAGCCCAGAACCUACAGUAGUAUCCUGUAAUGGUGUCUGCAACGCACGCAUACUUUGUAUAGCUUCAGUUCCUGCUGUUGACUCAGGUCGUUCUGAUUAUGGAUUUGGACACAGCAACUUUUUCAACAGCAAAUCUGGGAUCAGCAUUUCAGUAGAAGACACUGAUGAGGGGAAUCUUCAUUAUGACAGCAGUUCUUCUAGUGAUGGUGACUAUGAAACAGAGGAGUGUGUUGGGGCAGAUGAAGAACCAAAGAACAAUUCAAUGGAGCCAGUCAGUAUAACAGCAACACCAAGUGAAGUGAGCAUAGCCACAGUGCCUGCCUCAGAGGAUAGUGACAGCAUGCAGCCCACCAUGUGGCUUGGUACCGAAGAUGGCUGCAUCCAUGUCUACAACUGCACUGAUAACAUCAGAAUCAAGAAGAACAAGAUUAAAAUUCAACAUGGCUCAUCAGUACAUUGUAUCAUAUACCUGGACAAUAGAGUUUUUGUGUCCUUAGCAAAUGGAGAUAUCACAGUGUACACUAGAGACUCAAAUGGUGGAUGGAAUACCACUGACCCACUGACAGUUGGUGUUGGGACAGCAGCAAUGCCAGUGACACGAAUGCUGUCCAUUGGAGGAAAGCUUUGGUGUGGUUGUCAUAAUACAAUAAAAAUCCUGAACACUGUUUCACUCAACAUUGAGCAUUCCUUUCAAGUAAACUCUGACAGCAGUCGAUCUGUAACAUGUUUAGCACUGGCAGGAUUUGGUGUUUGGAUUUCCUUACAGAAUUCAGCAGUUGUAAAACUUUUCCAUGCAAUAUCAUAUGAAUGCCUCUGUGAUGUUAAUGUUGCACCUGCAGUAACAAAAAUGCUACAAAGUUGUGAUGACAUUAUCCGGCAACAUAAAGCUGCUUGUCUGAGGGUAACUUCACUGCUUGCGUGUAAAGACAUGCUGUGGAUUGGGACAAGUGCAGGAGUUAUCCUUAAUAUGCGACUCCCACACAUCACUCCUUCUACAACUAAAGUUACCACAGUACCAACAGCAUCAGGAAUGCCACAUGGCCAUACAGGACAUGUACGUUUCCUGACAUGUGUGGAAACUGGCUAUCAGCAUGUCACAAAGGAAUCUUUAAAGCAACAGUCAGGGAUGUUUGUACGUCAGGUUGGGAGGAGCAGAGGUGAAGGCAGCAGUUCAAAAUCAACUCUUCUUGUAAUCUCAGGUGGAGAUGGAUAUGAAGAUUUUCGUACAUCAGGUGUAUCGGAAGUAGCUGGUCGGGAGGACUCUACUAAUCACUUAUUACUGUGGCUUGUAUAAGCUGCAUAUAAUUGCUACUUAUUUACCUGCUCAGACUAGUCUACUUUAAUGUGUACAUUUGUGUUAAAUAACCUGCUGUUACCUGUGGGUAAAGCUUGUGCUAGUCACUCAUUUUGUACAUUAAUGCAGAUCACUGUAAACAUCUCAUUACAUCCCAUAAAGUAUUUAGUUACUUUUAUAAGUAAGUUAUGUCAGCAUUUAGAUUUGAACACAAUGCAUUAUUUAUAUCGAUGAAGAGAUCAUAUGAUUGAAUAAUUGUUAGCUAUAUAAAACUGAUUGACUAGUUACGAUUUUGUUUAUAUGUAAUUAGUCUAUUGGAAAGCAGCUAUGUACAUAUAGUAGUAUCACUUCUGCAAAAGGAAAUGUGAGUUAGCAUUAGUGAUAUGAAUUUGAUACUUCUAUAAGUGAUUCAGUAUUAAUCUCAUUCAGAAAUGUCAGUGUGCAUUAUGAGUAUUUUUUCCAAGACAUUAGGAAGUGUUAUGUUGCUUAAAUGUGACAGUUCUGUUUUUGGAAUAACUGAGUCUGGAAAGCUACACUGUAAUUUGGAAAUAUUUACGCUUUCUGUUAAAAAUAGCAAGAUACCAGAUUUUAUGGUUGUGUGAGAGUCAUUUCAUUUUUGAAAUGGCACUGAUGGUGGUGAUAUGUAGCUCUACUCCAGUUUGUUGAUACUUGUUUUUAAUAAUCAGCAUUUUAUUUUCAUAAUGAAUGAUGCAAACAUCCCAUGAAACUUUAUAUUGUUAAUUGUUAUUGUAUACAUGUAUUUUGUUUAAAAUGAUAUAUUUCUUUAACAUGAUUGUGAUAAGUUACUUUGUGUGUGUGUGUGUGUGUGUGUGUGUGUGUGUGUGUGUGUGUCAGAGAGAGAAGAGGGAGGAAGGAGGAAGAGAGAGAGAGAGAGAGAGAGAGAGAGAAGAGCAAUUCGUGAAAAGGGAAAAAGAAAUGUUAACUGAACAUUGUUACUUAGUUAACUACAUUCUGGCCAUGAUUGAUCUUAAAAGAUCUCUAUAAAACUAAUAAAUUUUUAUAGCAAACUGUAUUCAAAUAAAAAAAAUCUGCUAGCCUUUCUUGUAAUAUAAAAAAGAAAAUAGACUAUGACUGGUAUGUAACACUGCUCAAAGAAUGAUCAUCUAAUAAGACAUUAUUUUACAGACAAGAGGCAAUUGUACAACAACAAAAUUUAUAUCCUACAAGUAUUUAAACAUAUUAAUGUAAAAUACCAGAACUAAAUGGUAUGUGAAAGUCCACAGAAUAAUGUCUAGAAGAUCUAAUUGUCCUGUACUGUAUGUAGAAACGUGAAUACAAUAUUGACAGAAAAAAUGACAUUUAUUUUUCCAAGUUUUCUUAGUACAUGCAUAUUCAUAAUAAUAGACCCUAAGUUAAAAGACAUCAUAAAAUACACAGUAGCUCUAGUAUGAAUUUUAGUCAACAGUUUAAUUCUCAGUGAGUUAUGUUUCACUGUAACGAAAACACUAACAUGGUACACUAGCACACCAGUUGGAUUUACAUGUGUACCUCCAUGUUUGGUUCCUACUUUGUGGAAGUAUAAAAAAAAUCAUUAUUUAUGAAAUUGUUUUAAAAAAUAUUAGUCACAUUAUUUAACUGCAUUAGAAUUAAUUCCAGCUGAAAUGGAACAAAGCAAACAACAUAAUGAAGAAAUAUAUCUGUUAUUAAUAUCAUCAAUAUUGAUCUUGUGUCAAUGUUGUCAUUGUCCUUUUACCAAGAAUCAGAAGUUCAUUUGUUUAUUUUGAGUUAUAGAGAGCCAUUUUAAUACAGUUUUCCUCUUGUGAAUAAUGUUUACAUGUGGCUUGCAAAUGAAAGUGUAACAUGUAUUGAAUCCUGUUUAUUUACAGUAUUUUAUUUACUCAUUUAUUCAUCUUAGACCAUUCAGUACAAAAGUAUCAGACAUGUCAUAAAAUUAUAAAAAUAAUGUACACAUAUAUGCUGUUGUGGAGUUUCUCUUCUUGGCACAUCAGCAUACCACCUAGCUUACACAUUCUUCUCCAAGAUGUCAGCUCAGCAUGCACUUUUUAAUACAUCUAAAAGCAGAGAAAAACUGAAAUGUUAGUCAAAGGGGUUAGCAUCUUAGGUCCUUAAAUGAAAAGGGUUUAAUGAAAACAAAUGACUAAUUAAAAAAUAUUAUCUUAUUUUUACAAUAUUACUA